UAUCAGAGCCGCGGCUCACCCAAGACUCGACACAAGUCUGCCGCAGGACGUCAAGCGAGCGUGGGAAGCGUCUCAAUAACGCCGGAUUUGGUGAUUUUGUCCGGGACUGGCUUUCAGAAAUACUCCCUGUAUCGAUUUGAGACAACGCGUUUCAACUUUGGCUCCCUAUACAUAUAUUUAUAUAAAUUCUAUUCAUAAAUAUACAGUAGCUUCAAUAUUUAUAAUUUACUAUAAGGAGGGCAGCUCUCAGGAUGACAGAACGGGGCAGCGUGGAACUGAGAGAAUUAACCGGGACGCCAAACAGUGAAAGCGGAGACGGCUCGCGGUGCAAGUCGGGCUCCGAGUCGAGCUGCGACGAGGCAGCAGGGCUGCAGAAGAAACAGCGGAGGCAGCGCACGCACUUCACCAGCCAGCAGCUGCAGGAGCUGGAGAGCACCUUCCAAAACAACCGCUACCCGGACAUGAGCACGCGGGAGGAGAUCGCAGCCUGGACCAGCCUGAGCGAGGCCAGAAUCAGGGUUUGGUUCAAGAACCGCAGAGCGAAAUGGAGGAAGAAAGAGCGACACCAGCCGGCGGACAUCUGCAAGCCCGGGUUCAGCUCCCAGUUCAGCGGACUGGUUUCGCCUUAUGACGACAUGUACGCCGGAUACUCCCCGUACAGCAACUGGGCCGCCAAGGGUUUCCAUAGCAACAGCCUUCCGACCAAACCCAGCUUCCCAUUCUUCAAUCCCAUGAACGUGAACGCGCUCCCGACGCACCCGCAGACGCUGUUCCCUCCCCCGCCUCCUCCCUCCCUCGCCUCCGCGAUGCCGGCCUCAGUUCCCGCGGGACUCGAGGCUGCGCUCAGCUCGGCUGUCCCCACGUCCUCGUACGGCACGACCGUGUCUCCUUACCUGUACGGCAGUGACCCGACCAGCCUGGCGAACUUGAGGCUGCGCGCCAAGCAGCACCCGCCCUUCGGAUACGGACUGAUGUCGAACCAGGCGCCCAGCCUGAACCCGUGUGAAUACAAUAUGGACCGGCCCCUGUAGAAAAACCACAGCGUCACACAGAAGAGACGGACUUAUGUUUUGUUUUUUUUUAACAUCAAUAUUAUUAUUUCAUUAAAAAAAAUAAAUGUAUUUUAGUUUUCAAA